AUGGCUAACCCGCUGAGUCUUGUGGCCAGCGCUAUCGCCAUUAUCCAGGGUGGUGAAAAGCUACGAAAGCUUGUCCGCAAGGCUCAGGAACUCAAUAAAGCACCCGCAGAAGUCGAGCUUCUUCUUCGAGAGAUCUCGGAAGCCAGGACAUCCUUCACCUCUCUCCAAUCUACCGUCAUUGCGGCUGCCCAAGGUGCCAGACCCAUCAAUUUUGAGGCAUUACGGAGCCUGCUUCAUCAAUAUUCUUAUCUCCUUGACUCCAUGGAGCUGCUGGUGGACAAGUAUCUUCUCAAAUCGCCCAAGCAAGAUGCUGAGGGGGGAGAUGAAAGGGCAGGAAUGGAGAGGUCUGUUGUGAGGCUGGGAUGGGUUCGGAAAAAGACAAAGGUGCAUGAGAUGCAAGACAAGCUUCGGAAUGUCCGCUUUCUGAUCGUUGAUACUACAUACCGCAGAGAGCGAAAACUACGCGUCAGGGGCUCUAGGGGUAGUUACCACCGCAUCCAAGCCAAACGAGUUACCACUGGCCAAGACAGAGGAAACCCAGACAAUAGCAGAGGGAAUGAUAAAGGGGAAUCAUCAGAAUCCUCCUCCUGGGCCUAUCCCAUCGACUUUCAUGUGCGGCCCAUGCAACCCAUGAUUAACGGCGCAUUUCACCUCCCACACUGGAUCGCCUCCCGCGCGAUCAUACUCACCCUCAUCAACGGACCCUCCAUAUCCGUCUCGCUGACAGUCGCACGCAUUGUCCCCCCCGACUCGGACAUCUUCCGCUACAUCCAAACGGGCAACUGCUCUGGUCUGCAAACCCUGCUCCUCAAAGGCCAAGCUUCUCCCGCAGACAUGAUCGAGUCUCUGUACGGGACCCUUGACGCCCUCCUUUUCGCCCUCAACUGCAACCAAUACGAGAUUUGCCAGCUCCUCCUCUCCUGGGGCGCCGACCCCCACGCUGAAAACAGCACCAAGCUCACCGACUCGGCCGCCAACAUGGCCAGGAAUCUUUCCAUCGAGUGUCCAUCCCCAGCCAACAACGCACGGAAACACCUCAUCGAGUCCACAUUCCCGGCCCCGUUGGACCUCGACCGGCGCCAGUUUUCACUCCUGCACAAGACCGUCCUCGGCCUUGCCUACACCAACCUCCCAGCACUGCUCGCUACCUGCUCACCCGACGCCCUCAACGCCCGCGACUGUCAUGGCGUACCGCUGUCCUCAUGGCCGCCUGGCGCGGCGAUCUGA